AUGAGUACCUCUUUUUCUCAAAGAUUGAAUAUUUUGAAUAAUUUAUCAAUUAAUAAGUUGCAACAAAAUGCAGAACGCUCUUUGAAGCAAAAAGUUGAAGGAUCUAUGAUUGACUUAAGCGAAGAAAUAAAAAUGCCUUCAAAAAAUUCAGAAAACUUUGAAAACCAAGAAGAUAUUAAUCAUAAUCCCAAAAAAUUCUCAAUUUCUGGGAAAAAAAAUACUCCCAAGAGAAGUGGUACAAAACCACAGUUAUCCACUGACUUCAAAAGCCAAAAGAAAGUCACUCCUCUAUUUAUAGGUGGUCUGGGUCCACAUGUAACGGAAAGCAUGUUAAAAGAACUAUUUAAUAAGUUUUCCUCAUUAUAUUCAGUCAAGAUUUGCUACGAUUCAGAAACUAAAAAAUCAUUGGGCUAUGGAUAUCUUAAUUUUUCAGGUAGUGAUGAGAUCGAUAGGGUAAUUGAAGAGUUUAAUUAUACUGAAGUAUUUGGAAGUGAAAUUAAGAUAAUGCCCUCUUUAAGGAAUAGUCUGUACAGGAAAAAUAUUGGCACCAAUAUUUUUUUUUCUAAUCUGCCAUUAGAGAAUUCUGAAUUAACCACAAGAGUAUUCUAUGAUACGUUCAAAAAAUAUGGUAAAAUUUUAUCUUGUAAAUUGGAUCAUAGAAAAAAUAUUGGUUUUGUUUAUUAUGAAGAUGACAAGGUAGCCAGAGAAGUUAUUGAAAAAUAUAAUAAUACAACUUUCUUUGGUGCCAAAAUCCUUUGUGGUCUACAUUUUGAUAAGGAAUUAAGGAAUUUUCCAGACUUUGAGAAGAGAAAGUCAUACCUUGAUAAGCACAUUAUUUUGGAGGAUGAAUUGAAUACAGUUGAAGGUAAAACUUCAAUGCUUACUAAAAUUAAAAGUUCACUGCCACAUCCUAACGCUGUUUUUGUGAAAAACUUGCCUAUAGAUACCACAGAAGAUGAAAUAUUGGAUUUUUUCAGUGUCGUUGGCCCAGUAAAAUCUGUCUUCACAUCCAAAGUUCUGAAAUUCAAAUCAGAAUGGGCAUUUAUUACAUAUAAGAAGGGAUCAGAUACUGAAAGAGCCAUUGAAGAAUUGGAUGGGAAGAAGUACAAAGAUAGAAAGAUCUCAGUAACCAAGGCUAAAGCCAGACAACAACAGCACCACCACCACCAACAACAACAACAGCAACAACAACAGCCAAUCGUCAAGAAAGCGUCCACAAAAACAACUAUACAGCUUAACAACCUCAGUACGAUCUGUACAAAGGAGUUUCUGGUGGAGCUAUGUAUCCAAGAACAUUUGAAGUUUGAUCGUUUAAAAAUCACAGAAUAUGAGCCAGACAGUGGCACAUUCAAAGGUUUUGCUACAUUUAAAACCAAAGAUGAUGCCAAAAAGUUCUAUAACUAUCUAAAUGGGAAACUGGUUGGUGGUUCUGUUAUCAAUGCUACAUUUGCAGCUGCAAAAACCAAUAUAGGUGAAGCAGAUGGUAAGGAAAGUGCAAACUCUGAAACACAAGGAUCAGCAUCUCACUUUAGCAUGACAAAACCACAAUUUCCCAUGCCAUUGCAAUAUUUUAAUCCAUAUUAUUGGGGCCCACCACAAGGAGUACAUACAAGAAAUGUUCUACCUCUGUAUAGAAAUGUUCAAGAAAUGCCUACAAGUAAUUUUUUCCGUCAAAAGAGUGAGCACGUCACAGAUACUCUUAAGAGACAAAUUAAGAGGGCCAUAAACUAUUUGAAGAUUCAGAUAAUCGUGAAGGAAAAAAAUUUGAAUUGUAUUGCUGAAUAUAUUGUAAAUGUAUUUUGGUGUGGUGAUCUGACAAACUUGAGUAGAUACUUACUUCUUCUUAAUACCAACAUACACUACGAAGAAAUAUUGCAUAGACAAAUCGAAGAAGCCAUCAGCAAGUUGGGCUUUACAAAGGGAAUAUAG